GCAUUGAGAGGAGCAGUGGCUGAUUGGCCGGCGGUGGCCCAAUGGGACCUCAUCAACAGCUCUCACGCACGGGGAUACUUGCAGCAUCUGGUGGGAUCUGCUCCCGUGCAGCUCAUCAUGACCCGCACAGAGCCACACAUCUCUGCCAUGCGCUCACAACAAUCACAUAGGGCGCAGUCACAUGCGACACAGUCACAUACGGCUCAAUCACAAGCCUCGCAGCAGCCAUUUGCUUACUUCGAUGGGGCAUUGCGCAAGCACGAGCGGGUAGCAGCAACAUUUUCUGAUGCUCUUGCACUUGCGUGUGCGUCUCCCCUUGCUGUGGGAGCUGAAGCAAGUGCCAGUAGGGGAAGCCACAGUGUUGCAGCUGCCACUCCUGCCACGGGUACUGCUAACAGUGGUGUUGUCACUCCUGCCCCUCCAGCCUCCGGUGCUCCUGGGAAUGGUUCUGCUGGCAGUGCUGAGGAGAAGGGAGACGGGGUCCGGAUGCAAGGGGGUGAGGGGAAGUGGAGUGCUGGUAGUGCUUGUGCUGCUGGUGGUGCUGCUGGUGGUGCCGGUGCUGCUGGUGCGGCUGCUGCUGUUGGGAAUGGUGCUGCUGGCAGUGCUGAGGAGAAGGGAGACGGGGCCCGACCGCAAGGGGGUGAGGGGAAAGGAACUGAGGCGGGAGGGGGCGAGGAGGAGCAGGGCGGUGGGUUGCAGGAGAUGAUACGAGCCAUGGCGUCCGGUGCAGCUCCACUGGCGUUCUACCUCGCCCAGAAUCCCAUCUUCGACCGCCAGCAGCCACAUCAACAAUUCCCACUCUCGCCCUUGCUGCAAGAUGCUCCUAUCCCAUCGGUGCUGGAUGCAUCUCGCCUCACGUCGGCCAAUCUGUGGAUGACACUUGGCGGACCCUCCUCCUCCUCGCCUCACUACGACCUCUUUCACAACCUGCUCUGCAUUGCGACCGGCUCUAAAACAGUUCGCCUGUGGCCGCCAUCAUCAGCCCAUCUGCUGGACCCCAUGCCUCUGUACUCCGAAUCAUCCAAUCACGUUCAUCCCCACCCGUCUCCGCUCCAUCUGUCCCAAGAGGCAGCAGCGGCAGCAGCCACGGUGACUCUUCAUGCGGGGGACGCGCUCUUCCUGCCUGAAGGCUGGUACCACCAGGUUACCAGCAUACCAGCCACCAUCGCCAUCAACUUCUGGUGGCCCUCCUUAGUGUGCCUCUCGUUUGGAUCACACAUGGACCUCUAUUACGCAAGGAGAGUGCUCACAAGCCUGCUCGAAGCUCAUAAGGAAUGCACGGCAAAGCGAGCAGCACUGACAGACGCAGGAGGGGCGGAGGGUGAGGGUGCUCCUGUUGAGGUGCUUCAAAAGGCAGGAGCGGUGGAGGGUGAAGGAGGAGGGAUCAAUGGGCGAGGAGAAAAGCCGGCAGAGUUGCCGACCAAUGUAGGAGGGACGGAGUGCGAAGGGGCUGCUUUUGAGGGGCGUGAAAAGGCAGGGGUGGUGGAGGUCAUGGCUCACGCCUUCCCCCUCUCCGCACAUCAUCUGCUGCACCACGCACUGUCGCCCCUCUCUGCUUUCCUCAUCACCUCUCGCCUAGAUGCCGAUGCGGUGCCUCCAUCCCUUCCCACUGCUGCCGCCACUGCUAUUGCUGACACUGCCACUGCCACCGCCGCCGCCACCGCCACUGCCGCCACUGGUGGUUGGGACCAUGCUGCUGCUGCUGUUAGCACAGCUGACACUGCUCCCUAUGGCAAUGGCAACAGCAGUGGAGUUAACAGCAGCACCAGCAGCAGCAGCAGCAGCAGUGGCGGAGGGUUCUUUGAGGAGUUUUACGAUGCUCUUCCUGAUCCCGCCUCUGCAGCUGCUGCAAUACUGCGAGGCGUGGAAGAGCACAACAAAAAGUCGCUGAAAGAGGUGGUGGAGCUGGUCUGUGCGUUUGAGUCAAGACCCGAGUAG